AUGCCGUCCCAUAUAUCAGCGGUAACCACGCGGUAUACCGACGAUAUUUUAAAAAAAGUUCGACAUGGGUUAUUACUACCAAUCUUGGUAAUUAAAUUAUAUAGAUUUCUCUUCUUCUAUAGUUCUACUCUGCUACUAUUCUAUUAAUUUCUUCUCUUGAAACGAACGAUACAGAAAAAAAGUACCAUAUAUCAGAAAAUAGAAUCAAAAAUAAAUCACCAAAGUCAUCUUUGAAUUCUAAACCCAGUGAUACGCAAACAAAAACUCAAUUUGUUGUAACCAGAUUUAAAAACAAAAUGAGUUAUGUAAAUGAAGAAAGCUGUAUCACAAAGGUAUUUAAAAAUAGGUGAUUUUCAUGAUACAGUCAACUCCAUAAAGAAAAUAAGGUUGUUUCAAUAUUUUUAUUUAGUUUAAAAAAAUUUUCUUCAAAGAUUCUAACCACUAACUCGACUUGGUAAAGAGACCUUUGUAAAAUGAAUUUAUCGAAAAAUUCUUUACAAAGUCGAUUUGCGGACUCAGUUCACAAAGUCGACCUGGUAAAAAUAUUUUUUGCUAAAUAAGAAUAUUGCCUAGCAAGUUCAGCUAUAUUAUUAUAAAUGUAUGUAUUGAAAUAAGUGAUAAAAUCAUCUUCUCAUGUUUCUUGAAUUUUAUUGAGAACAUACAGAAACGGAAAAAGAGGGAAAAGUUGAGCACUGUCAUCGUUCUUAAACAGUUUUCCAAACGGUACCAAGGUUCUUGCUUUAGGGCUCCGCCCACUCAAAAAUCUAUCUUCGAGAGGAAAUGUUCGAUCGAACAUUUGCCUUAGUAAUUGUCUUCUCAAAUUUAGAGAGUAUAUUAGUCCGUAUCAAGGUACGUUCACAUUAAAAAGUUGAGUUUUCUCAGAGUUAUUCCAGAUACAAGGGUUAAAAAGCAGGUGUUGCCAUUUACAAAAUGUUUCCUCUAUUUUAAGCCCUAAAAACCACGGGUUAGGCUAAAAUUAAAGAGAAAAUUCGGCACUAUGGCAUAGCAGACCAUGAUUUCUAAAAAGUUUUGUUUCCUAUCGUUUCCCUAAUGGCUUAUUUCGUAAACUUGAAAAACUCUCCGUGAGUUUUGCGGAAUAUCUUUUUUAUCUCAAAGAGUAAAACGAAAAUCAAAAAUCGGGCUCUAUUGCGUCAUAGCAUCGAGUUUUCUCUUUAAUUUAAGAUCAAUUCAAGAUUUCCUGAGCUUAAAAGAGAGGAGAAAUCAGAUAAAUGGCAACGUGUUUAAGUUAAAAAAGGAAUUUGAGAAAAAAAUGGCAUUCAGAAAAGCCGCUCAAAUCCCCUCAGGAACCACGUAAAACAAAAAUGUAUAGUGUAUUGGAAAGCAAAUAUUUUGGGCUAUCCAGCCAUGUAUAAAUCAGCCUUUUUGAGUAGAGGGAUCCUUAAGGCUAACCAUUCCCCUCAUUUUGAGCUUUCCGUAGAAAUGCUGUGAAAUAAAAACUAAAACUCACUAAGGCUUCAUAUUUUCAGAACUAAUUGAAAACUCCAUGGAGCACUUUUUCGUUUUUGUUUCCAGGUUUUAACUAUUGCCGUUCACCAAUUUCCUAGAAAACUCGAUUUUUCAUUGCACCACAUUACGACCCCUCGUAAAUUUCAUCCGAUCGAGUUAAAAGUUUUACCAGAGGUACUCAAGAUUAGAGAUGUGCACGGGUACCAUUUUCGUACCCGUACCCGACCCGAAAAUUUUUUUUCCACCCGUACCCGACCCGACCCGACAACUUUGUACCCGUACCCGACCCGACCCG